UCGGUGAACCGCGGAUGAAGAGUUGAAGGUUGUGGAGAGCAGCUAGAGAGGCUUGGAGAGCUCGGUGUGCGAGUUUAGUUUGUGGGUUGUGUUUUUAAUCGAACCGGCUUGCUUCGAGGACUGAUGGCGAUGUCUGGCAAUCUUGCGGUGGAUGAGAGAAAAGAGCCCAUACAGACACACAGAAAGAGAACUUACAUCUUCUCUUAUCCAGGAGCAUACCCCUCCUGCAGCUUCUCAACGGCUCCUCAUUGCUGUCCAUCAUGGCCCAAAGAAGAAGGAGAUGUGGAGGUGGCGAGGCUUCUCCGCACUUCGCUAAGGAGUUGGAGUUGGAUAUGGCUAAUUGCCGGUGCGCAGAGAUGGUGGGACCGACGAGAUACCGAGGGACAGACCGAAUUAUGUGUGUACUGGCCGAGAUGGAAGGAUGAUGGGGUGAUUAAGAGACUCAUGGGGAAGAGAAGCGUAGAUCCAGCAAAAAAAGUGACCAGGACGAUGAUGAUGGAGCUGCAGGUGAAGAGCAAGAAAACUCCCCAACGGCCAAGACGAUCUCUUUUUGAGAGCUGCAAGGUUCUAGUAGAUCUGCUCUAAAUAAUCAGGAUGCAAUGAGUGGUCACUUAUUCUACACAUAAACUUGGCAUUAUAGAUAUGGCUUCAGUAGAUGGCAAGACGGUUUACAAUAGAAUCAAGUAAUUGACCUAAUAAAUGGCCUUUUUUUUUUUCUGGUUUUUUGUUUAUUGUUGAUCGUCUGAAUAUGAUACAGAUCGUUUGCUUGUUAUCAAACGGUGCUUGACCGGACGGCAUUCUCCACGAGUUCCCACGGAUAUCGAAUCGAAUUCCACCAGAGGAAAGAAACAUGAUAGUCGUCAAGGUGCAUAAGCAAUGCAAUGGGGGGCUGUGAAUAUACCCAUGC